AUCAUCCUAAACAUAUUUAACACAACUGGCCUGCGUCGCCAGGCAAUUGAUUCUAUCUUACAUCACAUACCCGAUACCCAUCUUCUCUUCCUUGUAGAAACUUGGCUCUUAUCCCGUAAUCGCUACUAUACUUCUUGGAAACAAUACCAUAUUUGUGGUAACCGCCCCACACCAACGGCCACGCGUGGAUUGAUACUCCUAGGAAUAUCUCUACUCAUUAACCCUACCUGCCCCUAUCAAGUACACAUCCUCCCAAAUACAGCAUCACCAUAUCCAGAUUAUCACCUCUCAUGUAUAGUGGCCAACACCCUGAUCCAUUGCGUAUACCUCCCCCCAGCACCUUCUAUGUCAAACGAUACCGCAUUAGCAAUUUUAGACUCACUUCCCUUACAUUACCCCAACACUGACAAUACUAUUAUUUGUGGUGAUUUCAAUGCCAGAUUUAGUACGAUUACUGGAGACACAGCUUCCAAUGCACGUGGCACCCAAAUGCAGCACUGGCUUCAAGACCAUCAUCUUAAGCUCUGGAAUGCGGAAUUGGCACAUGGGAAACCGACA